AUGGCGCCUUCACAAGAAGUCGUCGCCGCUGGCUCCAGCCCGCUGGCGUCGAUUGACCCCGAUCAGACCCUCAAGGCGUCCAAGGCGCUGCUCGCGCACAUCAAGAAGGCGGCCAAGCAGAGCGCCGACGAGGCCACCAAGAAGAACCUGCUCGAGGACGACGAGGCCGAGGACACGCCCAUCUGGCUCACCCUCACCACCAAGCGCCACAUCGCCGACAAGGCCCGCCUGCAGCCCGGCAAGAUCUCGCUGCCGCACCCCCUCAUCAAGAUCUCCGAGUCCGAGACCGAGUCGACGCCCGUGACGACCACCAUCUGCGCAAUCACGGCGGACCCGCAGCGCGCGUACAAGAACAUCAUCGGCUCCGACGAGUUCCCCGCCACGCUGAGCCGCCGCAUCACCCGUGUCAUCGACUUCACCAAGCUCAAGGCCAAGUACAGCCAGUACGAGGCCCAGCGCAAGCUCUUCUCUGAGCACGACGUCUUCGUUGCGGACGAGCGCAUCAUCAACCGCCUGCCCAAGGUCCUUGGCAAGACCUUCUACAAGACGUCCCUGAAGCGGCCCAUCCCGGUCAACCUGCAGGCCAAGCGCCCCAAGGUCGACGGCAAGCGGCCCAAGCGCGACAAGAAGAACGCCGGCGAUGCCGAUGCCGAUGUCAACGCUGGCACUGCGGCUGAUAUCGCCAAGGAGAUUGAGAAGGCGCUGGGCUCGGCGCUCGUCAGCCUCGCGCCCACGACCAACACUGCCGUGCGCGUCGGCUACGCCAGUUUCACGGCGCAGCAGAUCGCCGACAACGUUGACGCCGUGGCCACGGCCCUCGUCGCCAAGUGGGUGCCGCAGAAGUGGCGCAACGUCAAGAGCAUCUACAUCAAGGGCCCCACGACGGCUGCUCUGCCCGUCUGGCUGACGGACGAGCUGUGGGUCGACGAGCGCGACGUGAUUGCCGACGACGACGCCCGCGCCAUUGCCGCCGCCUCUGCCGAGAAGGCCAACAUUGGCAAGAAGCGCAAGGCUGUCGCUGCGGCCGAGGCCGAGGACGCCGCGGAGGAGGAGGCUGCCGACUCUCCGGCGCCCAAGAAGAAGGCCAAGAAGGCCAAGAAGCCCGAGGCCGACGACGAUGCCCUCAACAAGCAGAUCGCGGAUCGCAAGGCUAAGCUCAAGAAGCAAAAGGCGGCUGCGAAGAAGUCCAUGGAGGCGUAG